UUGAUUUGUCAUUCAAAUAGUAGAAAUAACAUAUAUAUAUAUAUAUACACACACUAUGUUGCCAAAAGUAUUGGGACACCCCUCCAAAUCAUUGGAUUCAGGUGUUCCAAUCACCUCCAUGGCCACAGGUGUAUAAAAUCAAGCACCUAGGCAUGCAGACUGCUUCUACAAACAUUUGUGAAAGAAUGGGUCGCUCUCAGGAGCUCAGUGAAUUCAAGCGUAGUACUGUGAUAGGUUGCCACCUGUGCAAUAAGUCCAUCCAUGAAAUUUCCUUGCUACUAAAUAUUCCACGGUCAACUGUUAGUGGUAUUAUAACCAAGUGGAAGCAACUGGGAACAACAGCUAUGUAAAAUGACAGAGCGGGGUCAGCGCAUGCUGAAGCUCACAGUGAUCAGAAGUCGCCAACUGUCUGCAAAGUCAAUAGCUACAGA